CUCCCUUCCCCUGAAGGAAAAAAAAAAAAAAAUCUCUCUCUGCUUUUUUCUGUAGUUGUAAGCUUUUCCUUCGUCUCUCUCUUUAAUCAGAAGUUUUUGUGGGUUUGUGGCCAAGAGGGUUGGUUUGGUGGGCAGAGAAGUAACUGGAGUUUUUCUAUCUUCGUCUUUUUUUCAUUUUUGGGUUAGUUUGAGCUGGGUUUCAACUGGGAUUUUGCUUAUUUCUUUUCUUGGUAGUUGGAGAUGGAGAGAGAUUUCAUGGGAUUGAGCUCAAAAGAGUCAGUGGUUAUGGUGAAGGAGGAAAUUGCUAAUGAUGGGUGCAAAGACUCAGGUUAUACCAAGGGUUUAGGUGCUCAAUGGCCUUUCUCAAACAAGGUUUCUGCUCUGCCUCAUUUGAUGUCUUUCAAGGUUGGUCAAGAUGAUAAGGCUAGAAAAACUAUGCCAGAGUCUAUGUCUUCUGGAUUUGGGCCUCUCCCAACAGCAGAUGCAUUUGAACAAAAUCAGAGACGAGCUAUGCUUGAAUUCCAGAAAUCCUUCAAUCACGAUAGGCAAGGUGGCACUCAAUUUCCCCUGACAGCAUAUCCUGCGCAACAUGAUUUGUAUUCUGUGCACCGUUCUCAUGAUGUGAAGAUGUUUUCAGUUCCAAACCAAGCAGUUUCUGUUUCUAUGGGAAAUCCUUAUUUAAAGGAUCAUUUUGCUGUUGCUGGCCAGAAUUUAGCUCCCGCUUCUGCGAAGCAACCAUUGCUCGGAGGAAUUCCCGUGGCAACUCAGCAUUACAUUCUUCCAACUACAUGCUCAAUUGCUGGUAUCACUGAACCAUGGAAUAAUGUUAAGGCCGCUGGAUCUCCCGCUCAAUUGACAAUUUUUUAUGGGGGUUCAGUGAAUGUCUAUGAAGAUAUCUCCCCUGAGAAGGCACAGGCAAUUAUGUUCUUAGCUGGGAGUAGUUCUUGUCUGUCUUCUAAUGCAUCGAAUUUGAAAGCUCAAAUCGUGACACCAAGCUCAAAGUUGGGAGCUCUUGAUGGUCUCCCAAUAAAUCAGCCAAUAAAUACACCAAAUUCUGCAGUUUCAAGCCCACUGUCAGUCUCUUCACACACUGGUGUGCCAUCAGGGAGUGGAUCCACAAGUAAUGAUGAAAUAAUGUCUGCUAAAGCAGCCAGAGUCCAUUCUACCUCUUUGAGCAAAGUGGAGCCUCCCAAGAUAAUGAAUGCAGUUGGAUCUGUCGCUGCAACUGCUUUGAUGCCUUCUGCUUUAUCUUUUGCAGCCGUUCCACAAGCUCGCAAAGCAUCUUUGGCUCGGUUUUUGGAAAAGCGCAAGGAAAGGAUGAUGAAUGCAAUACCAUACAACUUCUGCAAGAACACUUCGGAAUGCACUGCCACCGAAUCCAACGGUGCGAAUUUUUCUGCAAGUACGGCUGUAGACUCUAUCUAUUAGCAAAAGGGAAAAUAGCCGUGUGACCUAUGAUGCAAUAUUAUUAGAAAGGAAAUUGCUGAAAAUUUUAUGCAGCAAGUGAAAAUAUGUAAACAAAUGGUUAUUCUUAUUAUUAUCAUUAUCAUUAUUAUUAUUAUUAUUAUUAUUAUUAUUCUUGAUCAAAGAAACUGCUUAUCUUUGACUAUUUUAGAUGUUAAAGUACUGACAUUCAUAUAUGCAGCUGGUUUGUAAUUUUCCCACCUAUCUUUUUAGUAGGAUUAUGUUAUAGUGGGAUUAUUGCUUCCUUCUCUAGAACAUUGGUUACUCCUUUGUAACUAAUCUUGUAUCUUUUUGUUUUGUGUUUUGCAAUGUGGAAAUAAGUACCAUAAAAAAUAUUGUUAUGUGCUA